GGUUUAGUUUUCAACAUCACUCAUGACUUAUUUUUUCGCAAUUAAAUCAAUAUUUUCUUUAUUUUAUUUUUCAUCCAAUUAAUUACCAAAAAUUCUAAUUUAUAGAAUGGUUUCUAUGGAACCAGUAAAAACUCAGAUGCAAACAGUUUUGUCAUCACCUGUUUUCCUUUGAUUGUUUACUUUUUAUUUGUGUUUUGGUUUCAAUCCUUUUCAACCAAUCUGAUGGCUAAUUUUAUCUCUUAUGAGGCAAUAAUUGAAGCUCAUAAAAGUGUUUGUGAUGAAGAACGUGCCCUGGAAGCUGAGAUCAAGCAAAUGCUGGAAAAUGAUGCUAAAUUCACCGAGGAGAUGAAAAAAAUAAGUGAAAAAAUCCCCAUUCUUGAAACGUUACCAGUUGAUUGUAAACAAUUAUCAGAGAAUAUACAUUCAACCUCUGAUCGUGCUUCUGAUGUGAGUUUUAAAAUAAAACAAUUGGAUUCGGUUAAAACUCGGGUCAGUCAAUGUUUACAAAGGGUCGGUGAUAUUCUGGACCUGAAAUAUUGUACACAAAAUAUUGAGGAAGCUUUGAACAAUGAAGACUAUGAAGUCGCUGCUGCAAAUAUCCAUAGGUUCUUGUCAAUCGAUGAAUCUGCCAUUCGGAAUUCAACCAAUGGAACAAUUAAUGGUCAAGUUCUUGGAGGAUCUUCAUUGGAAGAAGCAUUUGUCAAAUUACAUGAAGCUGAAGAUAAAUUGAAAACUCUGGUGACCAGGAAAUUUGAUGAAGCGGUUAGAGAAAGUGACAGUGCAAGUGUUGAGAGAUUUUUCAAAAUCUUCCCUUUGCUUAAGCAGAAAGAUAAUGGAUUAAGAAAAUUUUCCAAUUAUUUGUGUUUACAAAUGAAUCCAAUGGACACUAUCAAUUCAUCAGGUGGUUUCGCUGGUGGGGAUUCAGUUGUUUCCGAUCAUAUUGGCCAGUUAACUAAUCUAUUUGAAAGUAUUGCCAAGAUGAUUGAUGCUCACACUCCACUUUUCGAGACCUACUAUGGACCUGGAAAUUUAAUUUAUUGUGUUGAAGUUUUACAGAGAGAGUGCGAUCUUCAAUCGAAGAAAAUUUUGGAAGAUUUUGUUGACAAGAGGAAUUUGAACAGUACAGUAUCGUCGAUAAAUAAGUCGAGUAAAAUUUCAUCCACUGGUAAUUCUGUGAAUAAAGUUGAUCCAAGAGAAAUUGUUGCAAUUCUUAACGAUCUGAUGAAGGUUAAUUCACGAAGUGAAACCUAUUUUAAGUUUAUUCGUGAACGAACAAAGAAAGACAUUAACUCUUCAGUCAAUGAGGACGACGAAAGGUUGACAGUUGACGAGAAGCUGAAAAAAGUGGACGAUUUGAUUCGCAAUUGUUCAUUAAGUCGAAUGAUUCAAGAGCUAAAUGGCGCCUAUGUGUUACUCGAAGAGUAUUUUGCUCGAGAAUCUUGUCUCAAAGCGAUUCAGGCUGAUGACAUUGAAACAAGUGCUACACCCACACUAACACAAGGAUCUUUAACCUCGAGCAUGUUGGAUGAUAUUUUUUUCAUCGUUAAACAAUCAAUCACUCGAGCACUGACCAGUGGAAAUCUUGACGUUCUUUGUGCGACCCUCAAUAACACUGUUUCCAUAUUGGAAUCAUCUUUUUGUGACUCGUUUUCCGAAAGAGUUAAACAUGGAUUCCCAAAUAUUGGCUCAAUUAGUGGAGCACUUGGUUCACUCGAUCUAAGUCAAGCUUAUAAUGCAAUUCAAACGGGACGUUACCUUCAAACCGUUGGGGACAUUGAAAAAGCAAAGGUCAUUUUCCUAUGCUCGUUGAAUAAUCUGGACACUGCUUGUGAUUAUAUUAGAAGCUUAAAAACAACUGUUAAGGAUCAAGUGGUCAAAUCGUCGAUAAUCGUUGAUGAGCCUGUUCAAAAGGAGAAACUCGAAAGUUGUUUAAAUGAUUUAUUUGGAUUAAUCGCCAAAUUUCAAUCUCUCAUCAAUUCGGGAUGUCAUCAAAUCUUUGCUAGUCUGGUCAAGGGUCGAAUCAAAUCUUGGCUCGACUCAUUUAACAGCGAGUCUCAUUUACUUUCCGAUGAUGAUAUCGUUAGAUUUGAAAUCACUGAUGGUCUAAGGCCUUACACUCAAACAUUCAUGGUUAAUCUGGAUUCCAUUUUGAAAAGCAUGAAAUCUGCUCUAACCAGUAACAAUUAUAAAACUCUGAUUAAUAUUCUAUCCACUGAGUUAUCUCAACGUCUUGAAAACGCAGCUCUCAAGUGUACAUUCAAUAAGCUCGGUGGUUAUCAACUCGAUCGUGAAAUAAGAGCAAUAAUCAAUUAUAUAUCGUCCAUUACCAAUUGGCCUAUUAGAGAUAAAUUUUCACGACUAAAACAAAUUGCAAUUGUAUUGAAUUUCGAGUCAAUCAAUGAGGUUCUCGAGUAUUUCAACUUGAAUGCCGAUGGUUCUCGGAACAACUCAUCGUCCAGUGGAAUGGUCACUUUAUGGUUAACACCUAAUGAAGUGAGACAGAUCCUCAGGUUGCGAGUUGAUUUUGCACCGGAAGAUAUAAGGAAAAUUAAGAUCUAAUCAUGAGAAGAAUGGAAAACAACAACAAUUAAGAAAUUGAAUAUAAAUAUAUUAAUUUGGGGAAAACAUAAUUUUUAUAUACAUUUGUAAAUUGUUUCUUUUCGGUAUCAGCAAUGGUUCAUUUAUACAUUUUCUUUGAGAAUAAUAAUAAAUUUAAAUUGUUCCCAAUCACAA